AUGGAACAGAUUAAGGCAAAGCAGGCCUUGCUUCAUGAGGUGAUUAACCAGAUCCAGAGUUUUGCUGAUGAAGAAAUGGCCAAGCAAAAAACCGACUUGGCCUCGCUAGGAAGAGAAAUGGAUGCACUACGACAAGGCAUUCAAAUGCAAAAACCCACCUCGCAGAACGUCGACCAAUCAGUUAGCAGCCACGGGUACAGGAACGAAGAAGAACUAUAUGUAGAGUGGGAUGUUGUGGGAUCAAGUCCGCCCAACGCACCCAGUUUCACCAAUCUGGAGCUAAAAAGUCGAGUAUCAAUGUACUUGAAGCAAAAGGAAACACCGGUGUAUGGUGGUACUGAAGACGACGACAUCGACGUGAACCGCAACGAAGUGGCUCUGCAAGACUAUAAGGGCGAACGACGCUGGAAUCAUAUUGUGAAAAAAAUGAAGCAGCGAUUUGUGACCCGAUCCCGAGAAGAAGACCUUGUUGUGAGCUUCUUCGAUUGCAACCAAGGAAGUAUUUUUUUGGAUACAUAUAUCGACAAAUUUCAGCGUCUGAGUCGCAGCAAUGAUGUAUCCGAAAAGUACAAGAUGAUUAAAUUCAAGAAGGGCCUGCGCUCGAACCAGUUAAGGGAACUAUUUAAGACCCAGAUACACGAGUCAUUGGACGAACUGUUCGAUGUGGCCCGAUAA